AUGACAACUACUUCUCGUUAUGCCUUUAAAGUGGAUUACUAUGACCCACAGGCAAAUCUUACUCGUCAAUAUUUGCUUCUUUACUACACAGAAGACGCGACAAUUGAAAUGCAUGACCUUAAAACAAAGCGAGUGUUUCUUAAACGUUGUGCCUAUCCUUCCUUAGGCGUACAGGAAUUAUUUAUUGGAGCAACUGUAAAUAUUUUUUCUCGUUCAUUAAAGCUUGUGGAUUACGGAGAUGAAGCAACGCGGCAACACUUUUCGGCAGCAAUGGGGGAGUUUAUUCUAAUUAUUACAGAAAACGGUUUUCGUUCUGUGGGAACGAUUGUUGAUAAGAUUAUCUCACAGGGACUACGGAUAAAGAACAUCCGUUUAGUAGAUUUGCCGGAUAAUAUGUGCUUGCAAUUUGGGAUUUCUAGCCGAUGCAUUGUCAUAUUAGUCAAGGGAUCAGAAGCUGCUGAAAAAGUUGUUUUGUUAAAUGAGGCAUUUCAAAAUGUAACUGUUGUCGUAUCAAAUCCCACAGAUGUGGGUUUACUCUCUGAUGUUGCCUUUGGUCCGGGGAAAACAACUGCGAUGAUGAAAAAUUGCUCGAUUUGUGUCAUCAAGCCCCAUGCGAUAACAAGUGGCUAUCAAGGCGCAAUUAUUCAGCGUUUGAUUGAUGAAGGCUUUUAUAUUACCGCCUUGGGGAUGUAUACUUUAAGUUUGACCGAUGCGGAAGAUUUUCUCGAGGUGUAUAAUGGUGUUGUACCAGAGUACAAGAGACUCGUAGAGCAAAUGUCCAGCGGGCCUUGUUGGGCAAUAGAGGUAUACGCUGAAAAUGCAGUAACAGCUCUUCGCGCCGUGUGUGGGCCACAUGACCCUGAGGUUUGCCAUGUGUUAUUUCCUCACACUAUUCGUUCAAAAUAUGGUAUUGAUCGCACUCGAAACUCGGUACACUGUACGGAUUUAGAAGAGGACGCGCCUUUGGAGUCUGAAUUUUUUUUUUCGCUUCUCCAAAACCUUUAA